GUAAAUAGCAGAUACUACUACCAACUGCAUUCUUUCAACCGUUGUAUACUCUUGCAUUGUGGGCCACAAGGUCCUUUCUUUAAUGACGAUUACCCUGCUCCCAAGUGAAGUAUUCACCGUAACCGCCGCCCAACUCGCACACCGAACUCGAAUCGCUCAGGCCAUUGCUCCUCUUAAACGUGUUCGACCUAGAGUACCAUUCUGGUAUCUAGGUGCACAUAGGGUACCGACGCUAUGGAGCUUGUACCGAGGAUUGCUGAGGGCUGCACCUUCCGAUGACAAAGAUUAGAUGGAGGAUUAGAAGGAUGUUUGAACAUAAGAAGACUUUGACGAGUCCGGUUGCGACGAAGAAGGAGCUGGAGAAAGGAUAUCUCUGGCUGGAAAAAUUCGAGAAAGCUCGAGCCGGUGAUGUGCACUUACAAGCAGUCUUACAGCGAUACAGUCGCAUGAUUGCUGCGAAGCAGCAGAAGGCUGAUUUUAUUGCUGCAUAUCGCAAGGAAAUGGAAUGGCAAGAACGUCUACGCAACCGACCAAUCCUGACCGGCUCCUACCUUCGACCAACGCUGUACAACCCGCCCUUACCCCGUCUCAAGCCCCAACCGAUACAUGUAACAGGUAUGAUUGUAUGGCGAAAGAAGGCGCGAAUGCGGAGGUUCUCGCUUAGGGAGUUGUUAUGGGACUGGCGAGAUGACCUGCAAAGAGAGAAUAAAUUCGAACUUAUGUUGGCUGAGGAGGUAAAGAAUAGGGGAGAAAAAGGCUUUGAGCGCGUGUUUGGACAUCAGGAUUGGAUGGGGCAUAUACAAGAACGUCUGGACACUAUUCAGAAGUACUUCGUUGAUGAUGACAAGAGAAGGAAGCUCCCUUACCCUCCCACCAUGCUCGAGCAGAUCAAACAAGCGCGUCGGGAGAAGAACGUGAACAAGUUGCGUGAAUAUACACGAGAACGACGAGGUGAAGUCCUCAAACGUACUAUCCGACGUGCACGACGAGGUCCCCCCGCCCACGUUCUCUGUCUGAUGUCAGAGGAGGAGAAACGCCUGGAUAGGAUAUCGAGGAGUACAAGCGAGGUGGGGUACGUUGCGCAGGCGAAGAUGAAGUUGGGAUGGAAGAUGAAGGACCCGGAGAGGUGGAAGUUGGAAGGUGGGAAGGAGGAGAAUCUGGAAUGGGUGAGGCGGUUGGAGACGAAGGUACGGGAAGCGAAUGAGAGGAAACGAAGAAAAGCAGAGGCUGAGGAGGCCGAGAAGGCCUUAGAGCGGCAGAAGAAAGUGGAACUUACAGAAGCAUGAUUGUGGCGAAUGUUCACAGGAGCUCUCGUGGUUAUGUGUGCCACCCUGCAGAUGGAGAUUCCCGCACAGUGAGCAGGGGAUGAUAGAGAUAAGAUGAGUUCCUUUGAACUCUAUGCUAUUGAUACAGACGUGAGAUGUGCCUCAGACCGACAUCCUUCGCUUUCCCUUCCGACCUUUCUGAGCCAGGUGAGCCAGCCGCUGCUCCUCCUCAUGCUCCUGUUCUAUAGCCUCGAUCGACAAUGUCCCUUGGUUCUACAAUAACAUCAGUUACGGGUCACCAAAAUAUAAUGAUUGACAGGUA